CCGGCUGCCAUCCGUCGGAGAGAGGCGGCUACCAGGACCAACACAACUGUCAGACACAACUUCUGCUUUCACUGCGCCGCACUGAUUUUUAGGUACGAAAAAAUGUCAUAGCUCAGUGUUUCUGCCGCGACACUUACACAGUUAUCCGGACAUAUCUUAGAGGUGCAACAUCACAUAUCUCCGCGAUGUUUUUCCCCGAGGUCAAACUGGGAGUUGGUGUUUUAUAAAGAACAAGCACCUGAAGUAAACACCUGACCAAAGAUGCCUUCACUGUCCUGUGGAAUGGAGAGUCUGAAGUGAUGGAGAACAGAGAGGAGAGCCCUGCAGAUGAGCAGGCCCCCACACCUCCAGAGCGAGGACUGCUUCACAUCUGGCAGUCGACGGGCCCCAGUGAGCAGCUCUGUCCAGAGCGAGUGCUGCUGUCCAGGCCUGUCCUGCAGGUCGCCCUGGGUGAACACCAUGGUCUCUUGCUAAUACAGGGCGGUCUGGUGUAUUCAUUCGGUGAGCUGUUGUGGAGGGAUCUGAGCAUCCCAGUGUCCUCUCCGCUCCAGGAGGUCUCUCUGCUGGGGAGGACGGUGGUCCGUGUGGCUGCCGGCGGCUUUCACUGCGGAGCGCUGAGCGAGCAAGGCACCGUCUUCAUGUGGGGGGAGAACACUGCAGGACAGUGUGGGCUUACUGACAGGGACACAGACACAAGUAUCACAGUUUCAGAGCCAUGCCCAGUGACUGUGGUGGACAGUGACGUUGUUCCUCCAGCUGUGGUUCGGGUCGUGGAUCUGGCUUUAGGACGGGAGCACAGCCUGGCUCUGUCGGCCCAGAACGAGCUGUGGGCGUGGGGCAGCGGCUGCCAGCUUGGCCUGGUCACCAGCACCUUCCCUGUAUGGAGGCCAAAGAAGGUGGAGCACUUGGCAGGCAGGCAUGUAAUUCAGGUGGCUUGUGGUGCCUACCACAGCCUGGCCCUGGUUCGCAGUUUACCUCCACAGAACUACAAUACCCAGAAUCCUUCAGAGACAAGGGAGCAGGGCCAGUCACCUCACCUCUUAGUGACAGAGAGGGAGGAGCCGUGUGCAGUUGAUACUGGUCACUACUGUCCGCUGGGGGUGGAGCUGACUGAAGGCAUGACAGGCGAGACCUCUCCCAGAAGAAGAGCCCAAGGACGAAGUCUCCAACCUGGGGGAAGGUCAGCUGGCAGCAGUUCAUGUCCAUUUUCUGAAGACUGCAAAUCUAACACUAAACAGAAGAAUCUUCCAGUUCACACCAAGCUCGAGCCAGGUGGGCACACCGACCCUCUCACUCAGUCAGACAGCAGCCUCAGGUCUCACCCACUGUCAGGCUGGAGAGCCAGUGACAACUCCGCUUUCCCUGACGAAAUGGACAUUCAGAACCUCCUCCAGAAAAUAUCUAGUCAGUCAUUGGAGAUGCGCCACAUCGCUGGACCAGGAGAUACCGACUCACUGAGCAGUUACACUUCAGAUGACAGUUGUGUUUCCUCAACUCCUUCCACGGAUCUGUUGACUUCCAGUUACAAAGAAGACUCACCAAUUAAGAGUCAAACCAACAAUAACAGUGGAGUGGCCGUGCCGUACUCCUCCUCCCCAGUGUGUUUGGAAGAAGUUCGUCUUUGUCUGGAGGCGGAGAAGCAGGCGCUGCAGGGCCAGAAGAGCUGCAGUCUCACAAACAUAAACCAGACAGGGAAAUCAGGAGCAAACCUGAGACGCUCCCUGCCUGGAACACCCAUAUGUGGUAGGAAUGGGUCUCCACGGCGACGGCGGCCUUGUCCCUGCAGGCCAUCGUCUGCUGGUCGAAAUCACGCUGCUGCACCGGAGGAGGCCGGAGACGGCCUGCCGUCUCUGGAGACAGAAGUGUGGAGCUGGGGCCGCGGGUCUGAGGGGCAACUGGGCCACGGAGAUCAGCUCGCUAGACUCCAGCCGCUGUGUAUCAAGUCUUUAACAGGCGAGGAGGUGAUCAAAGUCGCUGCAGGGUCACACCAUUCAAUGGCUCUCACCGCUCACUGCCAGGUGUACUCGUGGGGCAGCAACAUGUGUGGACAGCUCGGCCACGUCAACAGUCCUGUCACUGUACCUCAACAAGCAAAGCUGUCCGAGGAUCUAAGGGUUUGGGACUUGUCAGCCGGUCAGAGCCACUCUCUCCUCCUGGCGGAUGGAGACUGUGUCCAGCCAGUCCUGUUGUACUGCGGCCUGCAGCGAGAGCCAAUGUCAGCGCAGAGUGAGAGGUCACACCAGAGUCAAAGUUCAUGCCAGAGGUCACCCAGCAGAGCAGAGAGUUACACAGUCAGACCCACCCUGCUGCCCUUCUGCAUGGAGAUGGGUUACAUUAGAAGUGUGUGCAGCGGCGGUCAGAGCUAUGCGUUGCUGGCAGACCAGAACGUCAUGGGUUUUAUCUCGGCUAUCCAUGAGCUGGCCUCCAGAGAGAGACAGUUCUACUGCUGGUUGAGCGACGUCAAGAAGCUCCUCCUCACACCACUACGCAACAGAGAGAAUUUGAGUCCGUCGUUAGGUAAGCCAUGCGCUGAUCUCUUCUUCUCUCUUUGUGAGAGUUUUGUUCGUUUGAGCGUCCUGAUCGGUCGACACUCCACGUCACUCAGCUACUUCCUGCACAACGAGCAGGGCCGUGAUGUCACUGCCCUUCCCCUGCUGACGCACACUGAUCACUUUCUGGACAUUUAUAAAGAGUAUUGCUCUUCAGUAGGUAACUUCCAUGUGAUGGGUGGAUUCCAAUCACUCCAUAAACUCUCACUCGAGUGUUUAGGCUCUCAGCAGACCACGCUCGCUCAGCUGUGUGUAUCAGACCAGUCUGCCAGUGGUGACGUUGAUCUGGUUUCAUUGUUGUACUGGCCGCUGCAGCAGCUCCAUCAGUACAGCCGAGUCCUGCUCAAACUUGCGGUCUGUUAUGAUGUGUUAACAACAGAGUAUCAGUCCCUCCAUCAGGGCUGUGGUCAGUAUGAGUCCCUUUCUUUGUCCUUGUUGAGGAGGAAGAAGGAGGCGGAAACCACCUUCCUCUUCUGGAAGAACCACUCUGGAAAAACUACUGAGGUUCUGCGUCUCCCGCAGCGCCGUGUGGUGUGUGAAAGCAGCAACAGAUCUCUAACUCUGCAGAACGCCGGGCGCUUCUCCAACCACUGGUUCAUGCUGUUCAAUGACACACUGGUGCACACGCAGGGCGCCAUUCCCUCUCAGAGCCUUUUCUCCACAUUUCACGUCUAUCCUCUGACCUGUCUGUGGGUGAAACCAGUUACUGAUGACAGCAGCGGACUCUAUGCCAUCAAAAUUACAUGUCCAGAGGAGAGUUUCACCCUGGUGGCCUCGACACCACAAGAGAAGAACAAGUGGCUACGAUCUCUUAACCAGGCGGUGGAUCAGGUGUUGGGCGGUGGAGGUCAGGGGUCGUCGCCGGGGAUGACGGCAAUGUCUCGCAAGGCCUCCUACACGUUCUCCGGAGAGGGACGGUUUAAAGACGCCCAGUACGCUGGGGGCUGGCUGGCAGGACGAGUUCAUGGCAGAGGUACCAUGAAGUGGCCAGAUGGACGUACCUACAGCGGGAACUUUAAGAAUGGACUGGAGGAUGGCUAUGGAGAGUGUUUAAUACCUAACAAAGUGCUGAAUAAGCCUGACAGCUACCAAGGACACUGGAGAGAUGGCAAGAUCCAUGGUUUCGGCAAGUACAAGUAUGCCAGUGGCGAAGUGUACGAGGGCUGUUUCUGUGAUGGACAGCGACACGGUUAUGGCAUGCUGAGCUCCGGUAAGCUGACCAAGACCUCCUCCAGCGUUUUUCUUGGCCAGUGGGUCCAUGACAGGAAGACAGGAUACGGAGUCUACGAUGACAUCACCAGAGGUGAGAAGUACAUGGGACAGUGGUUGGACGAGCAGCGGCAUGGCAGCGCUGUGGUUGUCACCCAGUACGGUGUGUACUAUGAAGGGACCUACAGAGACAACAAGAUGAGUGGUCCCGGUCUGUUGGUGGCAGAUGACGACACGGCUUUCCAUGGGGAGUUUUCUGAUGACUGGAUUGCCAACGGGAAGGGUGUUUUAUCCCUGGCUAACGGUGACUGCUUGGAGGGCCUGUUCAGUGGAGAGUGGACCACAGGGCUGAAGGUGGUUGGAACGUACACCAAACCAGCCAUCGAUGACCCAGAAAACAAAGAGAAGAACCUCCUGCUCAGGUUGGGUCAGUACGUGGUGCCCGCAGGUCAGAGGUGGGCCUGUGUGUUCGAUGAAUGCUGGAGUCGUCUGGGCUGUGAUGCUGCUGGGAGAGGAGAGAGGACAACAGCCUGGGAGAAUAUCGCUGUUACUAUAACAAGCGCACGUCGACAAAGCCCAGACCUGAGUAGGUCUCAGAGGAAAGUGUUGGAGUGUUUGGAGUUUAUUCCUCAGCAUGGUGAACCAGUCACCACCGCAAACUAUGACAACAUACGAAGAUACCUCAUCAAGGCAUGUGAGACCCCUCUCCACCCUCUGGGCUGGCUGGUGGAGACGUUGGUGACCGUCUACAGGAUGACUUACGUCGGUGUGGGUUCCAACCGCAGGCUGCUCAGGCAGGCCGUCCAGGAGGUUCAGGCCUACCUCACACAUUUCUACAGCAUUCUCCGGUUUCUGUUUCCGGGGCUACCAGAUGAUGGCGGCAUCAUCCCAGACCCCCUUCCCUCUCCAACUAAGAGCAGAAACAAUUCUAAUAUAGAAGAGCAAGACAGCGUUCUGGUGGUGAGCUGCUCCUCUCUGCUCCUCCCUGUGCUGCUUCCUCGACUCUACCCUCCUCUCUUUACCUUGUACUGCCUGCAGGAGGAGCAGGCGGAGGCCCAGUACUGGGAGCGCAUCCUCCGACUCAACAAACAGCCCGACCAGUCACUGCUCAGCUUCCUUGGGGUGCAGGAGAAGUUCUGGCCAGUGUGGAUGUCAAUACUGGGAGAGAAAAAGCAGAUUGUGUCUAGCAGUAAAGAUGCCUGCUUCGUUUCCGCUGUAGAGACACUUCAACAAAUCAGCACCACCUUCACGCCGUCAGACAAACUCCUCGUCAUCCAGAACACGUUUGAGGAGUUGACCCAGGAAGUAAAACCUAUGCUGGAUGACAACUUCCUGUGGUGCAUGGAUGACCUGCUCCCUCUCUUCCUCUAUGUGGUGCUCAGGGCGAGGAUCAGGAACCUGGGAGCUGAGGUCAGUCUGAUAGAAGAUUUGAUGGAUCCCAACGUUCAGCACGGAGAGUUGGGACUGAUGUUCACCACUCUGAAGGCCUGCUACAUCCAGAUCCAGCAGGAGUCGACUAUGUAGGAGCAGGACAGGAAGACGCCACACAGUCGGCAAAAAGUGGAAACAGCAAGGAAAGCACUGCCGGGGGCGGCACGGUGCUUCACACACAGGAGCUGCCAGAACAAAACCAGUCAAAACCACUGGGAAGCUGUUUUCUUUCUAGAACCGAAAAGAUCUUCUUGCACUUGUAGCAUGUUUUUACCACUCGUAGCAUUGUGCAGAGUACGGCGAGCUCUGCGUUUCACUGGUCCCAAAGCAACUGCAGGAGGGUGACACAGGUGGACUUAGCACAGCAGAUCCAAUCUGGGCCUCCUGAUCAAAGAUCAGACCUUUGGUUCGUCGGUAAGCAGCUGCAGCAGCUGGGGAGCAGACUGGAUGGAGGGUUUUGCUUUUUUUAGCAAAAUAAAACUUCACACAGUUGUAGAGUUUUACUGUCAGCGUGAAAACAGAGUAAACAGCUUAAGGCAUUUUAUGCCUCAGCUGAGGUUUGAGAUUGCUUCCCCAGAAGCCAAACCAAACUCACCAACUCAGAAAACUGAUAAAAAGGGAACAAAAGCUUAAUUUCUCAUGUAACAGUAUGUUCAUGCAAACAUAAAUUAUAUGCAAAGCAUCUUACUUUGUUUACAUAUAAAUAAAAAAUCAUCCCCUCUCACUCUUCCAAACUAAUUUAGACCUUUUUUCACCUUUCAGUUAUUAUGAAUAAUGUUUUUAACACUUUUCUGUACUACAAACCAAACCUGUGCAUGCUCCUGCAUGUUGAAAUAACAGUUUGUCUCAGGUCCACACUUCUGGUACUAUAACUAACAUAAACUGACCAGUAGGACAGUAGCAUGUAACUACAGAGGGAAAGGAUAUUGUACUUUACCUGAAAUAAGUCAUGAGCGCACACUGAUAACCUAUGCGUCAAGGAAAUGUUUAUUCCUCUGUUGAUAUUUAAUUCAGUUUGUUAUUCUGUGUGUUUCUGUGUGAUCGAGCAUUUAUGAACAAGUCUGACAAGGAGCACUUGUAACGUUGCACUGACAACUUUCUAGUUUGGUUCACCGACCAGCCAGGAGAGUGUUUGAAGAGAGAUUAUUCACUGUGUCGUGCAACCGUUUUGGCAUUCAAGUUGUUGUACAAAAAAAAAAAAAAUAGUUGAAGGUUGGCUGAAAAAGUGAUGAAUACUUUGUGUCAAUCAUUUUUAAAGAAUUAAGUCACAUUGUGAGACAUUUUAAGAAGGUCAUGUUAUGCUUUUUGGGUAUUUUCCUCUCCUUUAUUGUGUUAUGUGUAUUUUUUGUGCCAGUGAUAAGUUUGCAAAGUGAAAAAGCCCAAAGUCCACCCCAAAGGGAGUUUGUAGUCCAGUCUUCUGUAAAUUAUCUGCGUAACAAUGUAGCACACGCCUUAAUGCUCGCCUAGAGGCUAGUGUGGUACGACCAUUGGCUAUAUAUAAGAAAUGGACAAAGUCAUCGUGACGUCACCCGUUGGUUUGUGGACUGUCGUUUUGAAGCCUCGAGUCUGGCCUAUAGGACGCCGCCAUGGUGAUUUUUUGCAACCAGAAGUGCCUUGACGUGACCAUAUUUGGACAAGACGGAGGAGCCGUGUGCGGAGCUAGCUAGCUUGCUUAGCUAGGUGCAUCUGUAAUUCACGUUAACUGUCAUUUUAACAGGGCUGACAAUUUAGUCUAGCAAACAAAAGUCUUAAAACUAAAUGUACUCACCAGAGAAAGUGAACAGACAACUCCUAAUCAGCUUUUUCAACCACUGGCUAGAUUGGGUAUGAGUCACUCUAGCCUGAUUGACAAAUUGCCAUGGUAACAACUUGAAUCACAGAUAAUCCCACCCUGAAGCAUACUCUAUUUUACUCAAUUAAUUAAUUUAAUUAUUCAACUGAGAAGUAGGGUCAUUUUACCAUUAUUGCUAAUGGAGCCGGACUUCUUUUUGCAACCAGAAGAGUCGCCCCCUGCUGGCCAUUCAAUAGAGUGGAGGUUUCUGGGACUUCCGCAUUGGCUUCACCCGCUUGGGUAUGACCUUCAGGCAGUCAAUGGACAUAAAGUUGUUACUGUUAUGUAGAGAUAGUGCACAAUUAAGCGUUACAUAUGAAAGGUAAAUUUUUUACAAAUUAAUUACUUACCACUCUUAAAUGUGUGAAGCUGGUUUGUGUAGUUCUACCUGUGUUUCGAGAUCACAAUCGGGCUAGAACAUGUACGGCUGAACCGAAGACAGAGUUACUGGCUGAAGUGGCUUUGUUUUGGAUCAGACUACCUUGCUUGUCAGGACCCACCCUACCCUGCUUCUGAUUGGCUAGUAGUCCUUACCUAGGUAUGUAGGUAGGAUGGUGGGUAGGUAAGAUUGAAUAGGAGUGAGAUGCUUCACUCGGCAGCUAAAACUGGGCGUUCAACACACAGGGUGAAAAGAGGAGCUGCAGCAAUGUGCAGUACGACAAAAAUAUGGUGUUUUUUGAAAAUGAAACCAUGUAAACCUGUUCUUGUACAACCCCUAAAUAAGAUUUUGAACCUAAAAAUUAGCAAAAUAUGACCUCUUUAAACUCUUUCGCUGCUUUCUUGUGACCUACUGCACUUACUUAAUUGACAAAAAAUAUGCCAUGCGAAUCAAGUAUCAAUGUGUGUAUUUAAAUGCAGAUCCAGAUUUUAAAACAAUAUUAUCAUAUUAUAUGAGUUUAUCUGGAUCCUUUGAAUCCAUGUGUACGUGUUGUAAAUGUAUUUUCAUAUCCAGAUCUUUAAGGGACAUCAAAGUAUUCAUUUUCAAAGGUAAAUGACAUUUUUAAAUGAAUUGUAUUACUUCAUAAAAUUAAUAUUAUAAUUUAAUUUAAAUUAUUUAUUGGAGACAAAUAAAAAAUUUUAAUCAAUGUUUUGUCUUAGAUCUGAAAAUCUCCUACAACUCUGAAAUCCUGCCAGCAGUGAUUGUUAGAUAAUUCACAGUAAUUAUGGAAGCACUGAUUAUAAAAAUCCACUACGGUGUAUUUAAGAUAUAGAACCAGUGUUACAUCGUACAUUAAGACACGAUAGUUUUUUAGGAGCAGAUGUGUUCAGAGUACAGCAUGUGCUGCUGUUGUUUUACUGACAUGAGAUUGAUUUUAUGUGAGGAAUAAAACUAAAAGCUCAGAUUGAACUGCACAAUGCAGCAAAACGCAGCUGUUGGGUUGAAAAUGUCGUUAUUUCUCUACCAUUUCAGCGUUAGUGAAAUGUGUUUGUACUGUAUUGUCACUUGUGUCUUUGCAGAACGUAUACCCUCAAAACCUGUAUGUGUUGGAACAGUCAAUUCAAUGUUCUUCUUGAUUUUUGUUGUUAAAACCACUGCAGUGUAAUACAGAUGUAACAUCUAAGGAUGAGGAUGAGGCAAAAUCAUUCAGCUGACCUCUGACACCAGGUUAAAGGACUUUACAGAUGUGCAUGUAAAUCACCUGUAGUUUUCUAUACUGCCAGCCAUUUUUCAUCACAUACUGCUUUCUGUUUGAUUUAUUUCCUACCUUUUAGGCAGGCACUGGUGUGAGAUCAUUUCAGAACAGCAUUAAAUAAGUGAGAUCUGGUCAUCUUUAUUUUCUUAUUACUGACAUUAUUGUCAAAUAUCCGUUUUAAAAACUCCUUUGUGUUAUGUUAUUGUACUGAAAUAAACUAAAACCAGUGACUCAAAGAAACAUAGUGGAUAAAAUAAAAUGGAAGUGACAUGAAGUGCAUAUGCUUUCUACUUCAUUGGCUAAAACACGCCAGGAUCUUUGUAAUACCUAAAUUUCUUAGGGGUUUUGAGGAUAUAACCUGACUGAAUUUAUCACUUUAGUCUAUAUUUUUAUAACUUCAUACAUUUAUAGAAAGAGGUGGUCAAUGGAAAUGAUUGCAGAGUGCUAAUUAGUUUUGAUUGAUAACUGCAAUGUGAUAGGAAAAAUGAUCAAAAAAGGGCAAUAAAUGUGGUUUAAUUCUUCAA